CCCGAAGCAAAUAAUUUGUCGACGAAUGAUUUACUGACGGACAAAUGUUCGGUUCGCCAGAAUAUAAUUAUCGCCCUUGCAUGACUGAGCAAUGAGUUAACUGGCUAGCAAGUUUACUUUAAGCAAAGGCUUAAAAAAAAUGUCCUCGAUAAAGAGACAAAAUGAAAAGGCUAAAACUGCUAUAGUGGCGCUAAAACAGGAAAAUGGAAAUGAUGUCUGUGCGGACUGCAGCAAGCAAGGUAACAGUGUCAAGUUUAGUGAGAUAUGGUUAGAUGUUCCCUAGUGUUAUUAACGAGUUCACUAAUGUAUCCAUACAAAUGGCAAUUAACUGCCGUGGGUAGCUGCGCAGAACCCUAUUCUUGCAAAUGUUGUGAACGAAGCCCUAGAUAAAGGCGGCAAGGUUUCGAACAGACUAAAUGUCUAUUUGUUUUGAACGUCUGUGCCUCGACGAAAGCUGUGCUCUAAUUAAGGUCGUUAAUUAGAGGUGCUAGUUUCUUUCCGUCGUAGUACCAUCAUUUCGCUUUUGUAAUAAGAGGAGUUUUAUAAGCUCUACAACAGGAAGGUAAAUGAAGCCCUGCAUUUGAGCAGACAAACUGAUCAACUCAUAGGGCUCAGACCAAGAAUUACUCUGAAGAAUGAACCGAUGUGACACUUCCUAAUGAGCUUAAGCUUCGAAAUUAGCAUAUAUGGUUUCCCAUUACAGAUCCUAGGUUCACUUGUCUGAAGAAAGGAUUAUUCUUAUGCCAAAACUGUGCUCAAGUCCACACUAGUUUUGGAGGUACAAAUUCAAGGAUCAAAUCUAUUGAUCUGGGAAACUGGAAUGACGAAACUCUACAGGUA